GUUGCAGUUGUGUUGCAGACUCGCUUGGAAGUGGUUGUGAUUUGACUUUGUCGACACACAGAGGGAGGCAAAUGCGAAAAGGAUGGCGGAGUUAAAAAGUCCUACAUCUGAGCAGCCCAAAUCGAAAGUCUCAUUUGAGGUUACCAUGGAUAAUGAUGAAUUCGAAAUCAAAUACAAAGACAUCCCCACAAGGGCUCACAUCUCAAGAUGGAACUGUGAGGUUGUUCCUGCGACAUUUGACCUCCGAAUUCACAGAGAACUGUACACGAUUAGGGGGUUACCAAAAACAUUUGCUGACUGCCUCAAUGUUACCCUUACAAGUAUACGGAACAGGAAACAGUGUUUGAUAUUUGCAUUCGGACAUGACACUCUUGUCGAUGCUGUUGAGAUGGUCAAUAAGUUCGUGGAAGUUAAGGAAACACUUUUAAAGUUCAUUCGCGAGAAUUAUUCAAAAGUGAAAGACAUGAGUUUGAGGUGCUGGGUAGGAGAGCAGAAUAGAUCCUCAGAGCAGGACGUCAAGAAUAUAGGUGAAACGAGAAACAAGAGCGAGUCGGUAUUGUUUUUGGCACCUGGUAAAAGUGAUGGAUAUAAAUCAGAAACACACUGGUUUUGCAAACUUGGUCAAGAUGAAUUUGAAAUGGACCUGACAUCAUCAAACGCAACAUUUACCAGCUUAAAGCAUAUGCUUGAAGAUACAUAUCGUUGUAUAUUGAAACGCGUGCGGCGAGGAAGCUUCAUAUUUGAAUGCAAGCAUGAGUCCCGGGAGAAUGCUGUCAAGAUGAUGAAGGAUCAUGCGAAGGUCAAGGACACGAUCUUACGAUGUCUUCACGACAUGGAUCCUCGUGUCAAUGCCAUCAGGGUAGAUGUCGAAUAUAGAGAAGAUCACGUGGAAAUUGAUCCUCCGCAGUUGCUUGAAACUGGUUACCAAGCCAAGGGAUACGUGAAUAAAGAGGAAUUUGACCGGAUUGUAGCAGCCCUGCAGCAAAAGCAGUCGGAACAAUUGGAAAAACUGCACGAGCUCCAACAAGCACAACUGGCAGUUACAGCAACAGAAACAAUAACAGAUGUAAGUGAGGACCAGUUUCAGGCUACCGAAGAUCUGUCAGAAGCUGAAGGAGGACACCGUCACAGAGGAGGUGUCAGUAAACCGCGGCAAAAGUCUGAAUCAGUUAUUCGUCUGAAAAGACAACUGGCAGACCUGAAGCAAGAACUAAAGGCAACCACUGACAGGAUGCACAGACUUGAGACUACACACAAGAAAGCCCCUGGCACAGAUACAGGGAGGGAGCCAGGGAGCCGAGACACCCCCCAGGGAUCAGACCAGCCUGGUGGAGCCUCCAGUCACCCGAGCGAGAUGGAAGCACUGAGACCUGGGGCGACACAGGAGUCUGAGCUACCCGCCACCAGCAGGGAGGAGGAAACACGGAAGUCUGGGACCCUCCUCGGACCUGAUACACGAGCGACACCGACUCCCGCACGUAGAGACCACGAGGCAGACCGCGACCUCCGUGAUGCCAGCAGGAAGGGGAACAUGGCGGCCGUGAAGCUGAUCCUGGGAGCAGGUCGGGCUGACGUCAACUGUAGAGGCGGGGGCGGGAGGACACCGGUGAUGGCGGCAGCACUGGGGGGACACAGAGACGUGGUGGAGCUCCUGGUGAAUGAAGGGGCUGAUGUGUCCCUGGUGGACAAGGACGGUAACAACAUCCUUCACCAGGCCUGUAGGGGAGGAGACGUGGAGACGGUCAAGUUUGUGCUGUCUCUGCACGUGGUGGACAUCAACAGUAGAGGAUGGAGGAGCAGGACACCGGUGGUGAGCGCAGCACUGAGGAGACACAGAGACGUGGUGGAGUUCCUGGUGAGUGAAGGGGCUGAUGUGUCACUGGUGGACGAGUACGGUGACAACAUCCUUCACCUCGCCUGUAUGAGAGGAAACUUGGAGACGGUGAAGUUUGCGCUGUCUCUGAACGUGGUGGACAUCGACGCCAGGAACAACGACGGUCAGAAAGCGGCCGACGUGGCGAGACUCUUGGGACAUAAGAAAGUUGUGAAACUUUUGGAGCCGCCACGCUGUCACGUGAUAUAAAUAGGAGAAAAUGUUGGAUCGUGGCGGUCACCUGAAGUGAGUGUUGUGUUUGUGUAGACGGUGAAGGAGGGCAUGUUGUUACACACAGUGACGUGGUGUGCCGUGCACGUCGUCGUGCUUUAUAUUUCAGGAUUAGGUGAGAAUGUGUGUUGUGUUUGAUGAUAAAUAAAACUUGUUGAAAACAU